UAUUCAGAUUAGACGUGCACUCGGCAGCCAGUAUGAUAGCAGAGAGUAGGUUACUUAACCGGGCGGAUACAGAAUAGUGCAAAUAAUAACCAUAAAUUAAAACAAAAACGUGUUGGAAAUAAAAUGUUCUUUAAAAGCCAGUAAUCACGACCUGUAUAUGGAAAUUGAGAUCAUACUUUUAACCGGUAAUCUUCUUAGUCUGAGUGGAGCGAUUUGUUAAAAAAAGAGGAAGGAAGACAUUUCAUGCUGUGUGGGGGCGAAGUUUAAUUCCAAAUAAACACGUUUGAAGGGUAAAAGCCUGGGAGCCAGCUAAUUUACUGAUAAAGGCAAUGAGAGGUAAAACUGUGAAGGAUGUUGACAGGUACCAGGCGAUGCUCAUGACUCUGCUACAGGAGGAGGCAAAUAAAUUCUGCGCCGACUGCCGGGCGAAAGGUCCAAGAUGGGCGUCGUGGAACCUUGGUGUCUUCAUCUGCAUUCGCUGUGCUGGGAUCCAUCGGAACCUGGGAGUUCACAUCUCCAGAGUCAAGUCUGUCAAUCUGGACCAAUGGACGCAAGAACAGAUACAGUGCAUCCAGGAAAUGGGCAACGCCAAAGCGAAGCGGCUUUACGAGGGUUACAUCCCACAGAACUUCCGAUGGCCGCAGGCAGACCAAUCUGUGGAGGUUUUCAUACGGGACAAGUACGAAAAAAAGAAAUACAUGGAUAAGAGUAUCGACAUCGCUGCCUUCAGGAGAGAAAAGGACGAGGCUUGGAAGAAAGGUAGCGAGCCUGUCAAAGAGAAGAAGAUGGAGCCAAUUAUUUUCGAGAAAGUGAAACUGAAGAGAGACGAAUCCCAGCAGUUUAAGACCAGCCCGACCAAAGCAGCAGAACCCGUCAUUGAUCUCUUGGGCAUGGAUGCCCCAGCUGCUGACAGUCACAUUCCCAAGGGAAAGUCGAGCACUGAACUGAGCAAUAACUUGGACUUCUUUGGAUCCAUGGCAGCUCCCUGCUUGGACAGCAGCAGGUCAUCGCCCGCAAGUUCCAUGCCUUCCAGGAGCAACGCCAGCUCCGUGGCUGAAAACCUCCACCUGUUCUCUGAGCAGGGGGCUAAACCAGAGGAUUCUGGGAAGAAACAGCUGUCAAAGGACUCCAUCCUGUCGCUGUAUGGCUCCCAGACUGCGCAGAUGCAGCAGAUACAACAGAUCCCAGCUCAAGGUGGCAUGUACAUGGCCCCGGCUCAGUUGGGCUACCAUGCGGGAUACCCUCAGUACCCCGCCCUGCCCGCGGCGGCCACCAUGAUUGGGGGGAUGAUGGCACCACCGGUGGGCAUGAUGGGGCAGCCGGCCGCUCCGGGCAUGGUGGCACAGAUGGGGAUGCCAGGAGGCGGGUUCAUGGGCGGCAUGCAGGCUGCCGUCAUGGGCGUCCCCAGCGGCAUGAUGGGACAGCAGCACGCCAUGGUGGGAGGACUGGCGGCCGUUCCACAGCCUGUCUACGGGGUGCAGCAGGCACAGCAGCUCCAGUGGAACAUCACGCAGAUGACACAGCAUAUGGCGGGGGUUAACUUUUACGGCGCCAACGGGAUGAUGGGAUACGGGCAAUACGGGCAGCCCAUGGGCGGAGGGACAGCGCAGGGGAGCAGCCAGUCUCUCGGCACGCACGUGUGGAAAUGAUGAACACACAAGACCCCGCCCGCAACAGAAGAGAGAGAGGGAGGGGUGCAAAUCUUUAUUACUUACGCUUCGUCAGAUUAUCCGGGGAGGGGGGUGGCGGGUGCAGCUCAGCCACUUUUUCAUACAACAGAAUCCAUUCUUGCCUUUCGAGAUCGUGUCGAUCCACAGUGAGAACCUCUUUAAGAAGAACCUCUUUAAGAGGAACUGGAACCUGCCAAGCCCACACACCCCAACAUGCCGGAAAAUAUGAUGCUUUUUAUAGUGGAAGUAUCACAAGCUCAGACCACUAAAUCAAACGGACAUUAGAGCGGAGUCAUUAUGGUUUGUUUUAUUUAGAAUAGUUGAAAUCCGCUUUGCUUUCAGUAGGAUGCGAUUACAUAUCAAGGGCAGGGUAUAGCUAAUACAGCACUUCUUAAUUGUGUUGGCUCCAAAGUACAGAUUGUUCUAAUUGUAUUUUAUUUUUAUUGCUUAAGUGGGUUUUUUUAAAACUUUUUUUCAUCUGCCAGUAGAACAACUAUGUUGUUAAAAGUAAAAAUGUACAUUGAAUAUAGUAUAACAGUAUGGUUUUGGGAGACAAAUUAAUAAAGGGUUACUAAUGUAGGAAAUAUAAUUAGCAGCAGUAGCUGUAACAUAAUAUUUGAUAUUGUUAACUUCUAUAAAAAACAACGUCUUGCUUUAGGUUUAGGUCUAGUUAGUGUUCACUGGCAUGCACUGCACAGGAAUGGGAAUAAGACGCAUUUGCAUGGCAGUUUCAGUCUUAACUGCGAGUUUAGACUCACAUGAACUUCAUCAUUCAGUACUUUAGAAGUCACAAGCUCUCAUAUGUCAAAUUUAAAUAAAAAUAUGUAUAUAAUAAUAACAAUAAUAAUAGGAAACCAAAGACUUUCAGGAGCCUUAUAAAUACAACAAAUGUAUGGGGCUCCUUUGAUGAAAAGGCACUGCUACGAAGGAUCACUGUGUUCGAAUUUCUCGUAAAUUGCUUCGCUCUGAUAAUCUUUUAGUUGAUCUGUUGGUACUGCCCAAUGUGGUACUGGGAUUCUAGAGUAAAGUUAUGUAACUCUAUUCCUGCAGGUUUAAUUGGUUCGAUGGUUUGGAACAAUGACCUGGACUAGAAUGUUGCCUAUCCUUGCCCUAGACUUUUAGGCAGUUAUCAACACAAAUCCGUAUUUUGCAUAUUGCGCUGUCUAAUCUAAAAUAUAAUAUGAAGAGCAGUUAGUCACAAUAGCUGUCCUGUCGUAUAUUUAUAGUAUUAGCAAAUAAUUAUAUCAUAGACUUGUAGCUUAGCCUUGCAGGCAUCUCCAGUCUGAAUGUACACAAAAAAAUAGGUUCUUCUUAAUGAGGUCUUUUAUCAUCUCAACCAAAGUCAUUCUCAGACCCAUCGUUUCAAGAAAGAAAAUCCAGGUCACAAAAAAAAAAAGUUUGAAUAUGACAUUUUUGCACUUCAGUGUGUGAUUUUAGUAUUUGCUUGAUUGUAGUUUUUUUUCUUGAUUUUAGCUUAUAUAUUCGAGAUUAUCUGCUGCUGGUCUCUAAAACAAGGGCUGAAUUCAGGAGUCGGCUCUCACUAGCUUGACAGUCUACCAUGACGACAAAUGUAAAAGCGACUGGUAAAUAACACUUCUGGGUAUUGAUAUAACUGUGCUGUGCAAGGCAUUAAAUAACAGCUAAUCGGAUGCUCAAAUGGAAUACUGAUUCUUUCUUCUCUAGUCCUGCUGGUUUCAUGUCUGUGAGGUAUAAGUCUCAGCACUGUUUAGUGGUGAAUAAACCCCAUGUAACUAUACUCUUGCAGUAUGUCUUGGUACUGUGUCUGGAUAGCUAACAAACUGCUUGAUCUAGCUGUUGAUAAAUGUGAUUAGAAGCUGAGCGGUUGCAGAACAGUGUUCUUUUAAAGCUUUUUCACAGACUGGAGCAGCUCUAUCCAGGCAGUUCAGAUGCUGUACCGGAGGGAAUAAGAAGGCAAAUUGAGUGGAAGGGCCUAGAUACCAAGAAUAUACCGUCCUCCCAAGAAUACAGACUGUGCGAGCUUGGAAUACUAAAUACUUUUUUUUUUUUUUUUUUGUCCUCGAAAUGUGCACAGCGACUCACUCGCGCUCACUCACUCACUCACUGACGCACUCACUCACACUGACACACGUACGUACGCACUCACUUACUGAUACACUCUCACUAACACACACACACCCCCCAUUUACCCUCCUGUGAUACUGAGCUAGAGAGACAUCCUGUGACCUCUUUUCUCCUUUCUCUUCAUCAACCAUUGUUUAGGAGGGAUCACAUUUAAACUUCAGACGAUGGCGUUCAGGUUAUGUGUAACAGCUGGUGCUGUUCCAAUCUGUAUACUUACCCACUGGGGAAGGAUUUUAACUUUGCAGGUUCAGUUCCAUGCUUUUGCUAUGAAUGUGUAUGUGUACAAUAUAACUAUUUUUUUUCUAAAGCUAAAAGCUAAGCUUAGAUGUGAGUUUGUUCUCGCCUUGCUCAUUUUCAUAAAUAACAUGCUAUGACUUCACCUGCUGGAUAGGUGCAUGUACUGUGGAUUGCUGGGACCUAAAGAAUACAGGACUGUUUUUAUAAAGGUUUUUUUUCCUUUUUUCAGUAUACAUUUUGCUCUGAUUUUACUAUUAGGAAAACACAAAACUGUUAACAAAAAGUAGUAAGAAAGAACUUAAGUGCACUUAAGAUCCCUUAAAACACCCUCUAGAGCUCGUUUCUAGCUUUGUAACAUUAACCAGGUGGUGUUCUCCUUUUAGAAACUGAGCAAAAUGCUUCACAAAUCUGACCCAUUACGGGAGAGUUGAGAGGGGAACGAAACUGAGAAUGUUUUCCAAAUCACUGUUUUCAAAUCCAGCCGGCACAUUUUUAUUAGCUGUAAAGGGGCAGUUUAAAAAGUUGUUUUGUUGUUUUUUUUUCAAACUUUUAGUGCUUGUGAAUUUCUUGCAGAAUGUACCACAGUAAACCUCCUGUAUAUAAACGAUGCAAAGAGUUGUGGGUGCUACAUCCAGGGUUAACGUCAUCAGUUUUUAAAGCCAAUGUUUGACCAAGUUAAAAUGGGAAAUUGAAAACUGUAUCAAGCAUUGCAUGUUGAGAAAUGUGUAAAUAUUAUUAUUUUGAAAAAAAAAAAAAAACAGCCAGUGGAAUGUACAAAGGAAUAUAUAAUUGAAGAGCAAGAGGCAAUAGACACACUCUUAAUAUAGACCACAUUCAAGCAAUGUUACAGCGCUGCCAUAAAAAAAAAGAAAUCUGAGUGGAUCAUUGAUAUCGGUCUGACUGCAAGCACCAAUAUGUCUUCAAAUUUCAUUACAAUACAUUCAAUUUGCCAGACCCGCAUCACCAAAAAAUUGGAUUUGUUUUAAAUCAUUAUUUUGGGUCUCUCCUUGGAAUUAGGCAUGAUUUUUCAGAAUGUUCAGUAGUGUGCUAAGUUAUUAGAACGCCUCAAGAUUUGUCAUUUAUAUCCUUUAUCUACCUAGCUACAUGAAAACCUCAGGAAGUGAGCAUUUCAAUUUUCAGUCAGUAACCGGUGAUAUAGAAAAUAUAGGCACUCGUGUGAAAAUGUUAGACCACUUUGUGCUUUAAUUAGGCAUCUUAAACAACUUCUAAAAAGUCUCCUGCAUGUUCCAGGAUUUUCAGUUGCAGCGGUUUGAUUUCAGUACAUUUGCACACUGCUGUAUUCCUAUAAAGAGACUCGUGUGGCUUGAAGGAUGCUGGUUUUUGUAACCACGGCACCCUGGUUUAUUUUAAACAGCAGUUAUUCUUGUUUUUCAUUCUUACUCUAUAACCAAGCGCUAGAAUUGAUUGAAUGAGAUUUUAAAUAUAACUUGUUCUGUUUACUAAAGUACAUAUAUUUUUAACUGUCUUCUAUAAUGUUACUGUACAUUGCUGUAUAAUUUAUGUGUGGAUAAGUUUCAGUGUUGCUUUCAAUCUCAUUGUCUUUUAAUGUGCAAUAUAAUGUAUGAUGAGAUGUUAUUGAAAAGGCUUACAGGUGUGGUAAAUCUGCAAAUAAAAGAUUGUUUUAUGGAA